UAGAGCAAUCCUCAGAAGCAAAGUUUAUAUAGAGCUAUUCAAAAGUGUUUCUCUUGUAGUCUUGUGCAUGACUUGAUUGGCUACCCAAGUCCUGAAAAAAGAAAGGAAUGAUUUUGUAUGAGAAAUAAACUUGAAUUUGAGAGUAUGACUUGUAAGUGAAACAAUACCUUAGCGGGCAGCUGGUCAUUUUGAUUUGUUGGCCAUCCUGAGCCCGGCAACACAACAGAAGUACAGAACUCUACAUUGUUAAUCCAAAAGUUAAUGCAAGUGAAUGACCCGCACAUGCUCGUCUUAAUUUUAAACAAUUAAUCUCUAUCAUUAGAGUUGGCAAAAGGAUAAUAUGUCCAACGAGAAAUCUCAUGCAGUAAAAUUUAAAAUAAACUUAGGUGCUAUUCUGUUAGUGGUGAACUUUGAUUCUAAGUAAGAUUGAGCUGAUGUCUCGUUAUUAAAUCAACUCAUGAUGCUGAUGUAUAAUAUCUCCCUCUUUUAUUAAAUUUUCCAUGACUAAUCUGCCAUAUACUGAUGAAUAAGCAGCAAAUAAAUGCAGAUGAUUCAGAGUUUCCAACCUUAAGCAUAUUUGUUUAUCUAGACAGAAACAGGGUAAUGAUAUAGCUGGCACUGAAGGAAAUAAAAUUACAGUGGAAUGCUGAAGGAUUAAUUUGCAUGUCCAUGUUCUUAAGAAAGCAAAAGAGAAUCUUGGCUCACUAUACACCAACAAGAGCGAGUUCAGGGCUGAAUUCCAUAAAGUGGUGAAUCACAUGACAAGUGUUGAAGAAUUUGAGGCUGCCUGGGUAUACUUGUUGAAAAAUACAAUUUGAAGUCCCACAAUUACAAGACAAGCCAGUUCGAGAUACGUCGCAAAUGGGCAUCAAGCCCAAUGCAUGUGUUCGUCCGUCAGUACACGAGGCUACAAUUCGACCGGGGAUCAGAUGAAAGCUACCAAGAAAACAGGACAAGGAUUAGUAGUGCUAUGAUGAGGACAAACGUUGCUAUCGAAAGGCACGCGAGUAAGGUUUACACGAGAAAGAUGUUCGAACAAUUUGGUGAGAAUCUGUUUGAAGGUGGAUCAUACCAAGUCGAGGAGAUUGAAAAGAAAAAGAAAAAUAUCGCAAGGCACAACGACGCCUUAAAACGAGAGAAGUGGAGUAAGGUCGAAUACGAGGUGACCAUAUCAGAUGAAGUUGACUGGUUUGAAUGUGAAUGUGGGCAGUUUGCCCACAUGGGAAUGCUUCGCUGCCAUGCUUUGAAGGUGGUGAACCACGUUGGUGUACCGGAGAUACCCAAGCGGCACAUCCUAAAAAGGUGGGCGAAAGAUGAUAGAGACAUCUUGCCACAACACAUAGCUCACUUUCAAAAGGAUCAGGCUGCGAAUCAAUGUUUUACCUGUCGGAGCUCAACCCUGUACCUGCACGCCAUGGAACUGGUGAGGAUUGGAGACUCAUCAAUCUCUGCCUACGAGCUCGUAUUUGGGAGGAUCAAGGACUUAAUCGUAGAGGUAUCUCCGCUGGCGGAAAAGACGGAUGGUCUAGGAAUUGAGGAUAGGAUAGCUGCUGAAUCAAGUCGAAAGAACAAUGGCUCAGUAGGGGCAAUCAUAAACAUUGAUGCACAGAUGGGUGACAAUGAGAACAGCAUGACUGCGUCUGGCAAUUGGGAUGCCCUCGCUGGUUUGUCUGCUCCAAGCAAGAAGCAUGGUGUUGGCCGGCCGUGCUCGAGCAGAGAGAAAGUGUCAUACGAAGGCUUGAGUAAGCGCACAAGGUUGUGCAGUAUAUGCAAGUUCCCAGGGCAUAAGAGGACAAUCUGCCUGUGCCAAAACAACCUCGCAAGACUGUUACGUGCAAGAACUGUUGUGUGAUGGGACAACGUCGCACCUCCUGCAUGAGGCCGCUUGUGCCCAACGCUUAGGACUUUUUUCAUACCAUGUGUAAAACUAUAAUAAUCGAGGAUUUUCUAGAGCGUUACUUGUGUCUGAACUUCCCCGCUUGUUCCUCCUGA